AUGCUUCCCAAAUCCCCACGAGUUUAUGGUACCAGUCCAGAUGCAAGGGCCAGAGCUAGAUUCAUUCCUAGAGCACCACCAUCCGGUGGUGUUGGUAUCAGACUAGGUUCGGAUGCCUCAGCUGGUGGUCUUGGCGGUUUAAUCGGUGGUAUAGGUGCACCGUUACUUUGUCUUGGAUGUCUAUCAACAUUAGCCCUUCUUGGACUUUUUGGCACCAUGAUAGGCGCUGCAGCCUAUAUGAACGGAAUUCAAAGUCAAAUUCGUAAAACUGCUCAAGGUGCUGGAACGACAAUUGAACUUAAUGUUGUAGUUCUUUUAUGUGCACUUCUCUGUUCGAUUUAUGUGCUGACAAAAUAUCGGCGAGGUGGUGCUCUUAAUUAUUGA